AUUUGCUAGAAACCUUUUUUUUCUUUGACCAGGAUUUGUUAGAAACCUAUUUUGCUCAAUUUGGGAACCGUUCCUUUUAGAUCAUUAGCUUUUGAAGAUUUCAGAAGAUUUUGUCUUGCCGUUCUUUCAGGUUUGCUUCUUGAUCGCACGCGUCUCUGCAAUUUGUUCAAUUUUUUUAAGGUUUAUUUCCUUAUCAUCAUCCGCCAUAAAUGGAUCAUCAAGAAGCUAUGAUCGCUAAAGAAUCGGUUACCGUGAUGAUGAUCAGUUCCGGUUUAUUUACUCGUCCUUGGUGGCCUUCUAGAGUUCUUUUUUGGAUUUAUUUUUGUUUUCGUUAGCCUUUACUCGUGGAUCGCCAAUUGGAUUUCCAGAUCUUGCUUAAAUCUAGACACGGGUCAGGGUUAGGUUUCUGGUUCGGGUGGUUUAUACUGGUCUUUGAUUGUGGCAAGUUGGUGGAUUUCGGUUGUGCGGCAUCACGAGUAAUUACGCUUUGAUUGUAACGUCGAUAUUGUAUUUUCCUUAGGGUUUUUCCUGACUGGAUCUCCUUUAUUGGGGUUUUCCUGGCUGAAUCUCUUUUUAGGGCUUUAUUGUGGUUUAUUGCCGAGAAUUGCGAAUUGCUCCAAUUGUAUUCUUAGUUUUGUUCGGGAUUUCGGUGUUAAAGAAAAUAUUAUGGUGUAAGAUUGAACCUUUUGCUUACCAUGGUGUUAUCUUUUGUGUUUUAUAGUAUGGAUGCUAAGAUCGCGACCAGGAUCAAUCAUAGAUCAUUUGGACAGAGACCACCUGUAAGCAGCAGCAACAUUGUUUGUAGAUUCUGGAAGGCAGGCAAAUGUAAUAGAAAUCCCUGUAGGUUUUUGCACACGGACUUACCUCCUGCUAAUAAUAAUGUAUACCUGAGAACUUCUAAGAAAUCCAAUACUUUAUUGGAGGAACGGCCAAGGAGGACCUUUAACUAUGCCUCCAAGAAUUCUUUGGCUUCAAGUGAUGGAUUUGAAAACCAAUGCACCCAGAAAAUCUCUAAUCAUGUAAAUCAUACUGAUAUACCUAAGGACCGCCCGAAACGGAAGACUCGUUUGGCUUCAAUUACUGAAGAUAAUGCUACUGAAGUUAAAGGAGUUAAGAAGCCCACAAAGGUCCCUAAGAUCUCUAAUACUGUCAUUGAGCAUAUACCUAUGAAGCACCCCGAAACAAAGAUUUCUUUGUAUUCAACUAACGAAGGUGAUGCAGCAGAAGAUAAAAAGACUCCUUUGGUUUCAAUUACCAAAAGUGAUGCACCGCAAGAUAAAUGUACUUCCUUGGUCUUAACUACUGAAGGUGGUGCUGCUGAAGAUAAAGAGACUUCCUUGGUUACCACUACUGAAGGUAAGGCAACAGAAGAUAAAGACAGAUAUUUGGUUUCUACUACUGAAGGUGGUGCCCUAGAAGAUAAAGCAAUUGAGGUGGGUGCAAAAAGACCUUGUGCGGACUGGAUUUUUGGCACUUGUGUGAAAGGCGAUGAGUGCCAGUUUUUACAUAAGUGGUAUUCUGGGGAUUGGUUCUCAAUGCUAGUAAAGCUCGGGGAACACGAACAGGCUGUCUCCGGGAUUACACUUCCUCCAAGGUGUGAAAAACUUUUCUCAGCCAGCAGUGAUGGUACUGUACGUAUUUGGGAUUGCCAUACUGGUGAGACCGCAAGGGUGAUAAGUCUCGGUGAUGAAAUUGGGUCAUUAAUCAGUGAAGGCCCAUGGACUUUUGUUGGCUUGCCAAAUGUUAUUAAGGCAUGGAAUUUACAAACAGGGACUGACUUGAGUCUUGAUGGACAUGGCCCUUUUGGGCAAGUUUAUGCUAUGGCUGUUGCUGAAGAUACACUUUUUGCUGGGGCACAGGAUGGUUCCAUUUUGGUUCUGAGAGGCAGCACUGAGAGCCCAAUUCCUUUUCAAUUGGCUACAUCAUUAAUUGCACACACGGGUGCUGUGGUAUGUUUAAUUGUUGGAAAUGGAGAAAAGAUGCUAUAUUCUGGUUCCACAGACGGUACAAUUAGGGCUUGGGAUGUUGAUACUUUACAGUGUGUUCAUAUACUGAAUGAGCAUACUGAUGCUGUGACGUCUCUUAUUUGCUGGGAUAAUUAUCUCCUAUCUUGCUCAUUGGAUCGGACAAUAAAAGUUUGGGCUUGUACCAAUGAGGGCAACUUGGAAGUGAUCUAUACGCAUAAUUUGGAACAUGGUGCUGUUACACUUUGUGGGCUAUCCGAUGCAGAGGCAAAACCAAUUUUAUGCUGCUCUUGUAAUGACAAUUCUGUUUAUCUAUACGACUUGCCAUCAUUCAAUGAAAGGGGCAGGAUUUUCUCAAAAAGAGAAGUGAGAACAAUUCAGAUAGGCCCUGAUGGUCUAUUUUUCACUGGCGAUGAAGCAGGACUGGUUACUGUGUGGAAGGUGACAGAAUCAUGAGGGAGCGUUCCAGAAGAAGCCGCCUAGUAUCUGCAAUUUUGGGGACUUUUAGUUUGUAUAUUGAGCAAGGGAUACAAAGCAUGGUUAUCCCUUGCUGCAUUAGUGUCAUGUAGACCCCAUAAUUUUUGCUGGGGAUUCGGUUUGUUAUGAUCCUCGACCCUUGAGAAACGUUGUACAUAUUUAAUCAAUGAAAUUGUCUAGCUUCAUUCGAGCUGCCACUAGCAGCAUGUUCAA